CCCAAAAAAAAAAUAAAAAAAAUAAAGCUCUCCCCACUUUGAAUUAUUCUCCUUUUCUCCUCCUCCUCCUCCUCCUCUCCCCCCCAAGUUUUUUUUUUCUUUCUCCUUCCCUCUUUUCCUCUCUCUCCCCCCCCUCUUUUUUCUUAUCUUAGCCAUCAAAGACUAACUUACCAAAUUUAUAUAUAUAGACUGAUUUUCUAUCUAAUAUAUAAACCCUGUAUCUAUCAGCAGCCUUCUUCUUCUUUUUUUUUAAUUUUUUUUUGUUUCUUUUCUUUAACUCUACUUUACUCUUAUUAUGACAUCUACACUAUUUCAAACAUUAAAUAGUUCAACUCCUAAAAGAGCUAUUACACCUGUAGAUAAGGCUAGUAUUCCUAGACCUUAUAAAUGUCCUAUUUGUCCCAAAUCAUUUUAUAGACUUGAACAUCAAACUAGACAUAUUCGUACACAUACUGGUGAAAAACCUCAUCAAUGUACUUUUCCAGGUUGUGCAAAGAAAUUUUCACGUUCUGAUGAAUUAACUCGACAUGUUCGUAUUCAUACUUCACCGAAUAAGAGACGUGCUGCUCGUAAAAAUAAAAUGAUGAAUAAGCAACAACAACAGCAGCAGCAACACUAUCAAACCACUUUUACAAGUACACCACCUGUUUUACUUGUACCUUAUUCAUCUAUGCCUCCUUCACCUGCAUUAUCUAUAAGUUCGACCUUUUCUCAUCCUUCUGAUGAGGAUAUCUUAUUUACUCCACAUCAAUCCCCAACUCUUUCUCCAUCUAUGCCUAUUAUUCAUCACCAUAAACUUCCACCUUUAGAAGGUGCUUAUAGUAGUAGUAAUAAUCAUCUUAUCAUGUCCUCUUCAAGUUUAUUAGAUAUCUUAGAAAGGCCUCCACAAGCUCGUGUGUUACCCCCUAUCGGUUCUAUUCAUGAAAAGCCAAUUUUACCCUCAAUUCAUUCUAUUGUUCAAUUUUAAACUAUUUAUAUAUACAUGUAUAUCAAUUAAGCAUUCAUCAUCCUUUUAUUAUAUUUAACACUGCCUUCCAUUCUUUUUAUGUAAAUUUGUGUAAAGAACGAAAAAAAAAAAGGACAUUGUAUAACCCCCCCUUCUCUCCCCUUUUUUUUGUUGUUAUUAUUCAUAUUAUUAUAAUUAUUUCUUAUUAAUUGUUAUAUAUAACAUACACUUUAUUUUUUUAUGUACAUAAAAUAAAAUAUAGAUUUAUGGUUACAAUUUCAUUUUGUAAUAUUAAUUUAAAAAAAAAAUAACGAGCCGAAAAAAAAAAUAAAAUAAAAAAUUUACAGCCGUUUCCCGUUUUUUCAGUAAUAUACCAUUUAACCUUGUUUGUUUAUCUAAAAA